CACGAUGCCGCAAUGGAAAGUCACACUUGCGACAACCAAAAAAAAAAAAAAAAAACCGAAAAAAUUCCUCGCAUUCCAGCGAGGGCAAAUUAUAACACUGGCUGCGGCCAGUGUAAUAAUGUUUAGUUGUUGACUGAACAUUGACUGUUGAGUCCCCUGUUGGUACUGUAAUUUGUAACAGUGAGAGUUUUGGAAACUUAUUUGGAUGGGACGGGGUAUAAUACUUAUGGUACCGGUAACCAGUAUCCAGAAGUGGGAUACUGGAUUCUCAGGGGGGGGGGAUACUAAACUUUGAAUCAUGGUAUCCCAUUUGGAUACUGAGAAAUCCUGGCAUCCCUAAGUUUAGGCUUCCUUCACCAUUAUCCAGGUAUGACUCGUCAUCUUGGGGUUGGAGUGACAAGAAGAAGAGAGAGGAAAUGAGUGAAGAUAAUGCUUGGUAAUAACUAAUUAUAUUUCUUCAGUUCUCUUAGCCAGUCUGGAUUAUAUAAAUAUCAGCCAUUUGCUUAUUCAGAUAUGGAAUUGACAGGAUUGAGUUAGGGAUGGACCAUUAUUAGAAAAGUGAUCCGGGGGGGGGGAUUUUCUAAGAGGCAAUUUUUUUUUGUACACCUAUAGAAGAAAUUUUUUUUCUCACUUGAUGGCUGGAAAUAAUUUUUUUAAGUGAAAUUUAUAGGCCUAUCUUCGAAGCUAGGAUUUUUUUUGCACUAUGCCUGGGAAGAUUUUUUCCCCUAAAUUUUUCCAGGAAUAAAUUUUUUUGUUUUGCCUUACCCCCAUCACUUUUCUAAUGGUCCGUCCCUUACAACUAGAUGGUAACUAUUUUUUUGAACUCAGGUAUUUGAUUGCAAAAGAUGGAAGUGGAAAAGCAGUUGGUCUUUCACAUUUCAGAUUUGAUCUUGACAAUGAGAUUGAAGUCCUUUACUGGUACAGUGUAUAUAUUUAUGUAGCAUACUGCUCAUUGCAGUUUAAAUUAGCUACAGUAUUUGCUGUAUACUAACAUCCUCUUUUGUUUUAAUUAUUUCCCUCUCUUAUUCUAAAUCCAAUAGCAUCCUUUAUAUUUAUUUCUUAGUUAUGAAAUUCAGUUGGACAAAAGUGUGAGAAAUAAAGGUCUUGGCAAAUUUAUAAUGCAAAUCCUUCAAUUGCUUGCUCAUAGGUAUGUCUCAGAUACAUGAGGAUAAUGAUAUGAAAAUAUGAACAUUAGUGUACAUGCAGGGUUUACUCAGGUUUAGUAUGAUUUUAGUUGUGUGGUGAAAUCGAAAUAUGAAUGGGAAGUUUUUGGAUCUAGCAAGGAUUGGGUUUAUGACAUAUAUAUACUGUACUUGUAUUCUUGUUGUGUAUUUUUAUCAUUUCUUGCAUUUUUACAAUUUCAGAUAUAACAUGCAAAAAGUGAUGGUUACUGUUUUUAAAGGUAUAAAACUAUUUAUUUGGCUCAUCAAACAAGGAAACCAUCCAGAAAUGUUUUAUUCUGACUUUUUAUAAAAUUUCUUACAUAUAACUAAGCCUAAGGUGCUGAAUUUUGAAAGCAUAUAUGUGAGUUAUGACAUCUUAUUUUAUUUUUCCAAUACAGAUAAUGAAAAAGCAGUGAAUUUCUUCACGAAGCUUUUGAAGUUUGUACACACUCUCUGUUUCUUAUACGUGUCCCGUUUACGUUGGUAACGGCGUUACUCUCGUAUCAGUUUUGCUAAUUUGUGAAUCUUCAUUUAGGUUUGAAAUUGAUGAAACAUCACCAAGCUAUUAUGAUCCACUACAUCCAGAAGGUUAUUGUUAUGAAAUAAUGAGUAGACCUGUCAUGAAAACUGCAUCUUAAGAUCUUAAACACAGAGGAAGGGCACUAUCAGUUUAUGGAAAGAAUUGAAGAAAAUUAAUGUAGCUUUGACUAUCAACCCUUUUUUGAGACGUUUGUGGAUACGCCUCGACAACAUGCAACAUCUUAUUAAACUUCUUUAUCACAUGCCAAUCUUCAAUAGGCAGAAAUGUGACCAACGCUUGUUUACGGUAUAUGCUAUUCAUAGUCCACUAUGUGACAUUAUGAUUUAUGGUCACGUGAAAAUUGGAUUGUUGAAAACAUACAUAUAUAUAAAUAAACUACAUAUAUAUAAAUACAGCUCGCUUACCGUAACGAUUGAAUGAUAACCAGGUCCAAGCUAGGAAUAGCAAUUAUUCUGUGUAAUUUAUUUUAUUAUUUAGUAUUUUAAGGCCGUUUUAGAAUAUCACAGUAGUGGACUGUCAACCCCGUUCCCACCCUGGGAACGAGGUCGGUGGACUGUUCGGUCAAGUGUGAUAAAGUGUGCACCCUUCACCAAUGGCGAAGCUAGCCAUAGCAACAAGUCAUGCUAUGCACAGUUUUAAUGAUUUGCUUUAUUCAAACUUUUACAAAUGUAUUGUCUUAACGAUAAAAAAUCAGUUAACUGUAAUAAUAAAUAUUUUGAAUUUAGAUAUAUUCGUAGGCUGUUUGGUACGUGUACCUUUUAGGCUCUGAUUUGCCGAAUAUGAAUAUCACGAAUAUGUGAUUACGAAUAUGCGGAAAGUACCCCACCAUGAACAAAGACUGCAGGCCUUUGCAUUUCUAAUUUAAAAGUCACCGGGCUAGCAAUAUGAAAAUGCCGGCUACUAUUUUAAACUCUGUAUUUGAAUUCCCAUCAAUCCAGAGUGUUCUGGUGUUAUAUUGUAUAACCUAUUUCGAAUUCAAUACAGGUUUAUUAGGGCCCAGUUGCACGAUACCGUAUUCGCAUCGGAGCGACGUCAAAUUUUACAGUUUCAAGGGGAGUUUAGCACACAAAAUCAUGAUAAUAUAACAGAAUUAGUCAAAAACUUCAAAUAUGAAAAGUUGUAAGAGGCCAAAUGUCGCUCCGAUGCGAAUCCAGUAUCAUAGUAUCAUGAUACUAAUCACUCCAAGAGAAGAGUUUGACUAGCUUGAUCUCCAAAUCAUCAUUCGCUCUUGUUUGACCGUUUUGCUACUUUCAUUGUUUUCAUAGUUUUAUUAUUUUAAAGUAAUUUAAUAUGGCACCAAUAAAGUUGUUAAAUGAAAUGAAAUAGUAUGACCAGUUGCCAUGGCUAGCUUCGCCACUGCCCUUGACCAAAAUUCGCUUAAACCUUUGAUUUUCUACUUCGGAACCAUACUCAGAUAUAUGAAAAACUAAUUUCAUAUUUACUCUUGAGUAAAUCAUAUAUCUCUGAGAAUGGUUCUGAAAUAAAUUUCUUUCACGAUUUGAACACAGUAGAUGGUUGGAAGAGUGAAUCAGCAAUACCAAAAAUUUACUUUUGUAAAUUUUGUUUUAGUCUAAUCAGUAUUUUCUAAUUUGUAUUCUACAGUAUUUCUAGUUAUAUUUUUUAUUUCUUACAUUAAUAAAAUUAAAGCUGAAAGAAUUUUGAUGUUUGAUUUAAUAUAUUUCUAUCUAAUGAGUAAACGUUAACACUAAAUAAAUAAAAACCGACAUCAUAUUGUCCAGUUAUUCAAAGUUUUCAAAUCAAAUAAUGUCUGAUCAUAGCCUAAAUAAGCGAGUAUUUUUACAUAUACUUGCUGUAAAUAAGAACACGUGCACAUAUCUCAUAUAAUUUACUAAUCAAUAAUUUUCUGGGGAAUAUUUCAGUGCUAAUUCUGACAACGGCAUAACAAAUGUUAGUCUGGGGCCGGUUGUAUAAAAAAGUGAUUAAAGUUAACUAUAAUUAAGUGCAAACGUCAUCCAAUAAGAAGCGCGUAUUUGAGAGUUAAUCACUAUUUAACUAUAGUGAGGCGGAUAUGUGUAAAAUUAUUGAUCAGUAGUUCCCGUUGAGGUUAAAAGCAUCAAACUUUCACAAUUGAUGUAGUUUUAUUUGCUUAAUAAUAGAUAUUUGAAGUGGGGCCGUCGCUAUUUUGCUGCUAACUCCUGAAAACGGGUGAUUAGUGAUUUUCUUCUAUUGAAUUCUAUUAUAGCCAAAAAAUGUGAAAUUUUGUAUUCAAUUACAACAAAUAUGACUUGCAUCAUCAGAAAGCUUAUAAAAAACUGCAUAUAAGACGUUUACACAGUUUUUUGAUUUCUGAAAUAGUUUUCGAAUUAUAAACUGUUAAAAACGCAUUUUCAAACAUCGAAUAAUUAAUUAGGGACUUUUAGCGAGAUAAUGUGCCUAAUUUACAGCAAUAACCAUUUGAAGAAUAAAAAACUGUUUAAAAGUCUUUUAUGUAGUUUUUU